GCCGGCUGUGCGGUGGUCUCAGCCUUGCGUGGUAAAGGCGCAGCACCGGAGCAAGGCCAAGUAUCACCGAAGGAUGCGGCUACAUCGGCUUCUCUAGAUGGGAUGGAUCAAAAUUCAACUUAUGUGCUGAAAAUCAGUUUGCUUGGCAACCCAAAAAAGGCUAGAAAGUAUAUCAAAUGCUUCUGUUUUGAUAAGGUUAUUGAUUCCGACUUAACAAAUUAUAAGGACUUGGUUGAAUCAAUCGUAGAGCAGUACUCGCCUCGUUAUUUGGAAGUUGCACAUGUUCAGUACUAUGAUGAUUUUCUUAAAAUCUACCCUGAAGUAACAUCUGACCAAGAAUUGAUGUUGAUGUUUGAGAAACACUCUAAGACAAAGGUUGUGCACAUGUUUGUUGCAUAUUGUGAUCCAUCGGAACCAUAUGAGCCUAUAACGGAGUGGCAUAGUGAUGCGCAUAGCCAACCUAACAACAUAGAACAAGAUGAUGAUGAUUAUCUUCGCAACCCAGUACCUGAGAAUGAGCAUGUUGGUGUUGAUGAGGAAAAUAUUUAUUUAGAGGAUGAACCUGUACCUCUUAUCAUGGUUCCUUGUUCCAAUAAAGAAAAGGACAAAGACUAUGUGCCUGAUCAUGAGAGCGAGGCUGAGAGCGAGGUUGAGAGCGAGGAUGGGAGUGCGGAUGGGAGCAUGUCAGAGGUUGAAGUAGAGGAAGAUGAGGAAUAUCACGAGGCAGAUCAUGCACCACACAUUGAAUAUAAUAAAUUAGAUCCUCCAAUGAACGAAGGAAGAAAAUAUCCCAAUAUGGCAGAGUUUAAAUUGGCGCUUUCUCAACAUGCAAUCAAACAUGAAUUUGAGUUCGACACCGAAAAGAGUGCACCACAUAGGUUUAGAGCUUAUUGUUCAAGAAGGGAUGAAGAUAAGGGUCCAUGGAGGAUAUAUGCUUCUACAAUGGAAGAUGAGUGCACAGUAAUGGUGAGAAAGAACCCUUGUGGUCAUGAUUGCUCUAGUACAAAAAGAAAAAAGAAGUUGAAGAAUGCAAACAAGCGGUGGAUAUGUGAGCACGUGAAGGACUGGCUAAUUGAGGAUGCAACUCUGUCGGUGUACUAG